AUGGGCAAUGAGGCGAGUGUGGAGUCUGGGGGAACGGGGCUAGUAGGAGCACAGCUCCAGCUUCCUGCAGGAACCGACCCCGACCUGAGCCGCCUAAGUCCGGACCAGAGGAGGCAGAUCACCGCGCUGUUAGCCAGCGCCCAGGGGCCGGCACACAGCCGAGAGCAGGUUCUCCUCCCAGUGUCUCCCCCGCCCCUUGUCACCGUGUCCGGGGCUGUGCUCGUGCCCGGGGCUGAGACCGUGGCUGUGCUCGUGCCCGUGUCCGGGGCCGUGCUCGUGCCCGUGUCCGGGGCCGUGCUCGUGCCCGUGUCCGGGGCCGUGCUCGUGCCCGGGGCCGUGCCCGUGCCCGGGAAGCCGGAGCCCGGUGCCGCUGCUGCAGCCGAUCAGCCGGCGGCCCCACACCAUGGCAGCCCAGAGAGAGCCCUGAGGCGGAGGAGUGUGUCCACCAGCUCCCUGCCGGACCCCAGGCCGGACACUGACCUCUGGGCACAAGGCGCUCCGGACAAGAUGAUGCCCAGCUUCCUGUCGGAGGGGAACCCUCUCAGCGCCGUCUCCUCCGUCGUUAAUAAAUUCAGCCUCUUCGAUUCGAAACCCGAGAGCGACGAGGCCGCCCGGAAACUCAAGGCAGCCCGGGGAGCGGGGCCUGCAGCCCGGGGAGCGGGGCCUGCAGCCCGGGGAGCGGGGCCUGCAGCCCGGGGAGCGGGGCCUGCAGCCCGGGGGCCUGUGAAAUCGAGCUCGCAGCAGUUUGUGAAGCGGGAGGAGAGGGAGGCCGCCGGGCAGCAGCAGCAGCAGCAGCAGGAGUAUUCAGGACCAAGGAUAGCUCCGGGGCUGAAGAAACCCCUGUGCCCCAUCUGUAACAGCGCGGAAAUAGCGGAGAGCCCGGGCAGCGGGCAGUGUCACCAGUGCACACAGUGUCAGCUGCUGGUGUGUGCACAGUGUGGCUUCAACCCAAACCCACACCUGACCCAGGUCAGAGAAUGGCUUUGUUUAAAUUGUCAGAUGCAAAGAGCCCUUGGCAUAGAUAUGACAUCCGUACCCAGUUCCAAGCCACAACCUCUCCAGCCCAAGCAGCAGGGUGUGACUUCCUCUGCUCCACAAGCAGCCAAACAGGCUCCAGCACAGCAGCCGGCUCCCAAACCUGAACAGGCCAAGCCAUUAUCACACUCUGGAUCCAGAAAGCAGCCUGUCCUGACCAAGCAGCAAUCAAUGGUUGCUUCGCCUCCACUAAAGGCCAAGCAACCGUCACAUGGGCCUCGGGACCCACAGCCAAAGCAGCAGGCAUCCCAGAAACCCCAACCGGUGAAACCAUCUCAGCAGCUGUUGGAUCAAAAGAAACAGCAAGACCUGAACAAACCCCCUCAGCAACUCAAUUCCACUGCACAAGGAGCAGAAAGGAAGCAACCCUCUCAGAGUCCCCAGGUUCAGCAAAAAGACGCCAAGCCAGUGAGCCAAGGCCAGCAGCUCGCUAAAAAGCAGGAGGACUCUGACAUUAGCACACAACAACAACUGCAGAAAAAGGACAGUUCAGUGCCAGGGACAGAACUUGACACUGGGGUAAAGGAUCAAAAGCAGGAUGUGACCCGACAGAAACAAUCAGUGCAGGUUCAGAAGCCAGUCGAUAAAACACAGCCCCCGGGCAUUAGCACUACUGGCCCUGAAGUGUCCAAACAGCCUGUUCCGAAAAGGGAAUCCAAAGCUGCUCCUCCAAAGGAAGAACAAGCAAAGCUGGCUCAGAAACCACCAGCUGCUAAAGUUGUGCCAUCACAGAUUCCGGCAACUCCAAAAGCUCAGAAACCCCCAGAACAGUCACGGCGUUUCAGUCUCAACUUGGGAGGUUCUGCACAACCACCACCAUUUCAGCCAUCAACUCCUCCAGAGACUGUCACUGGAAAACUCUUUGGGUUUGGGGCAUCCCUCUUCAGCCAAGCAUCAACUUUGAUAUCUGCAGCACCUCAGCAACCGGACCAACAUGGACACACUGCGAAGCAACCCCCUCAGACAGUCUGUAAGGACAGCAGUGUUCCACAGCCAUCCCCUAAACGGGACAUUGGUAAAAAAGAAACUAAACCUUCAGCAGCAGUGGAUACCUUUGAACAGAAAGCUGUUGGGGCAGCCCAGACAAACACAACAGACCCUGCAAUCAUAAAGAAAGCAGAAGCGGUGAAAGAAAGUAAAUCUGAAGCAGAAAUGGUUAAACCGACAACCAAACCCUUGGAGACCGGAAAAAUUGCUCCACCCAAGAGCACUUGCCCUCUUUGUAAAACUGAUUUGAAUAUUGGUUCUGAGGCUCCUCCCAACUUCAAUACCUGUACUGAAUGCAAGGCAGUUGUGUGCAAUCUCUGUGGAUUUAAUCCAAUGCCACAUUUGACAGAGGUCCAGGAAUGGCUGUGUUUGACCUGCCAAACACAACGAGCACUAAGUGGACAACUUGGAAACCUUGGGAAAAUGCCACCCCCCCAUCCAAUCUCAUCAAAACCGAAGCAAACUGUUCCUGCUCAGCCUGGACCCAAGCAAUCUCAGAAAGAUCCAUCUUCUGCAGGUUCUUCAAAACCUUCAGCAGACCAACCAACUGUUCCUCAGACAAAAGAAAUGCAGCCAGAAAAGGUAAGCCUUAUGACAACUGCUCAAAAAGAUGCAGAAACAAAAGAGAUGGCAGUAAAACCCGCUGCCAAACCAAUAGAAGCUCCAACUGUGGUCAAACAGGAGACAUCUUUGGAUCAGGAUUUGAAAGUUACAAAACAAAUCACAAAACAGAAGUUUGCAACAGAUGAAGAUCAGAAUCUUCCAGCAGAGCCAGUGGCAAAAGAAGAUGCUGUUAAAGAUGCUGUUAAAGUGGAAGAAACUGCUGCACCAAAGAAACUAGAGCCAGUAAUUGAAAAAGAGGAAACAACAAUAAAGGUGAUGAAGUCUGAAGAGGCAACAUCUGAUUCAGCUGUUCAAAAACAGCCAUCUGAAGUUAUAAAGGUGCAGACUGAGCAGCUAAAAACACCUGAUUUAGCACAGACUGACAAAGAAAAGGUUACAAUGGAAAAAGAGGAAGAAAAGUCAGACUCAUCAGCAAUUCAGCAGCAGAGAAGUCCCCAGGGUCUGAGUGAUACAGGCUAUUCCUCGGAUGGCAUAUCCAGUUCACUGGGUGAAAUUCCAACCCUCCUUCAAAGUGAAGAUAAAGAUUUGCUCAAAGAACCAACUCGGAAAGAUUCCAUUUCUCAGGAAAGUAGCCCUUCAAGUCCAUCAGACCUUGCCAAGUUGGAAAGUACUGUUCUCUCAAUCUUAGAAGCUCAGGCAAAUACAGUACAUCAUGAGAAGUCAGGCCAACGUAAAGAUCCUUUUGGACCUUAUUCUGAUCAUGAAAGAGAGCGACACAGACCAAGAACCUUAUCAAUUACACCAGAGUCUUAUAGCUCAGAUGAAGAAGAUCUUGAAGAUAUUCAGGAAGAAGACGAGGAAGCUUUGGAAGAUCAUGAUCAUGAAGAUAAACUAGCUAGUCAAGACUACAGCGAAAGUUAUGGGACUCAGGGUGAUGAAGCAAUAAGAAGGCAACGAUAUGAUUCUCUUGAAGACAGUAGUGAAAGUGAGCACUCACCUUGUCCUCAUAGGCAGAGGAAAGUUAGUAUUGGAUCAUCAAGCAGUGAUAGCCAAGGAUCUGGUGAUGAAGAAGACUUUAUUCGAAAACAGAUUAUUGAGAUGAGUGCAGAAGAAGAUGCAUCAGGUUCUGAAGAAGAUGAAUAUAUCAGGACUCAGUUGAAAGAAAUAAGUGGAAAAGGACGGCUGGAGAGCAAAGGCCCAACUGUUAAGCACAAACGUCUUUCAAAGCGAAGUAGCACCAGUCAUGAUGAUGAUCCAGGGAGACGCCAUUCAUGGCAUGAUGUAGAUGAUGAUGAUGAUGAUGAUGAAGUGUAUGAUGAGAGUCCUGAGGCUAAAUACAGGGAGACUAAAAGUCAAGACAAUGAAGAUUUGUCUCUUUCAGCUGGUGGAGGUCUUAGACGUUUUAAAACAAUAGAUUUGAACAGUACUAUUACAAAUAAAUAUGUAGAAGAUGGUUCUGAAAUCAAAAAUGAUGGAUUAUACUAUGAAGAAGAACCAGAGCUAGAGAUGGAAAGCUUAACUGACUCACCAGAAGAUAGAUCAAGAGGCGAAGGCUCAUCUAGUCUGCAUGCCACAUCCAGUUUUACACCUGGUACUUCACCUACGUCAGUAUCAUCAUUAGAUGAAGACAGUGACAGUAGUCCAAGUCACAAGAAAAUGCUUGGAGAAAGUAAACAGCAAAGAAAGGCAAGACACAGAUCGCCUGGUCCUCUGUUGCCUACUAUUGAAGACUCUUCUGAAGAAGAAGAAUUGCGGGAGGAAGAAGAACUUCUGCGAGAACAAGAGAAACAACGAGAGUUAGAACAGCAACAAAGAAAGAAUUCAACAAAGAAAUCAAAAAAAGAUAAAGAUGAGCUAAGAGCUCAGAGAAGACGUGAGCGUCCGAAAACCCCUCCUAGUAAUCUGUCACCAAUUGAAGAUGCUUCACCAACAGAAGAGUUGCGACAAGCAGCAGAAAUGGAGGAGUUACAUCGCUCUUCAUGUUCUGAAUAUUCCCCCAGCAUUGAAUCUGAGCCAGAAGGUUUUGAGAUACAUCCAGAAAAAAUUAUAGAGGUACAGAAAGUUUAUAAAUUGCCAACAUCAGUGUCACUAUAUUCUCCUACAGAUGAGAAUGCAGGUAGCACUAUGCACGAAGUUGGUGCUAUUCAUCAGAGGUCUUUGAAAAGUGCAGAAGAAGCAUAUGAAGAGAUGAUGCAGAAAGCAAAAUUACUUAAGAAUCAAAAAGAACCUGAUGAUGUAUUUGACAAGGAGCCUUUAUAUGGGGGAAUGUUAAUCGAAGAUUAUAUCUAUGAGUCUCUAGUUGAAGAUAACUACAAUGAAACAAUGGAUAACCGUUUUCUUAACACCGGUCUGGAGACCAGCACUGGUUUGGUACAAGGAUCUGAAAAGAAAUUAAGAAGUCCGGAUGAAAUUUAUGAAGAAAUAAUGCAGAAAAACACUAAUGUCGAUGAUGCACAAUGUCUUCAUUACAGGCAACCUCUAGGUAUAAACCUCCAUCCACAGGAUUUGCCUUCCUCUGUUCCUUUUGCAAAAGAAACAUUUGUUGCAUUUCCAUUAGAUACCAGUGAAGCUUCCACAAAGAUUGAGAAGCAGUUAUUAGAUGCUGAUGCUGCUUAUGAGGAGCUCAUGAAACGACAAAGUGCAUUGCUGACUCCUGGCACCAGUCCAACUCAACCAAGUUCACCUGACUCCAUGUCUGCUGAGUCAGAAGCAACUAGCGACUCUUCACUAACAAGUACAGAUGCUUCAAAGAUGGUGCAAGACAAACCGUUAACCUCAAUGCCACCUUCUGAUACAAAACCAAUUCAAAUUUCAUCAAUAAAUGGCAUGAUGCAUGCCAUUCCUGAUGUCAAAAUUACUCAGCACUUUUCCAUAGAAGAUGAUGUUGAUGUAGAAUAUGGGGAACAAUACAACAUAGACAACAGGGGGAUAUCAUAUGAAACUGCUCAAACAGUAGAACAGAGCAAACCAGGGAUGACAGCCAGCAGUACGGCAUCAACAUCGACUGUAACAUCCAAGGCUUUUCCAGUUGCCUCUACUGUCACCACAACUAUCAGCUCUCCAGUUUGUUCCACUGGGUCUGUUAGUGGAUCAAGGACAACAGAUUUUGUUGUCCUUAGUAUAACCACAAGUGAAGACAAUUACACUUCAACACCAACACCCAGAUCUACUGUUAAGACUACAGUGACUCCAUUAACCUCCACAACAGGAGGAAUGUCCCAAGUGUAUCCCACUUCAACCACCAGUUUUUCUGGGUUAUCAGCUGGAUCUGACCACGUACUGAUCUCAGUGCCUCCUAAUCUAGACAGUUCAGAUGUUCUCACUUCCACAGCAGUGACUUCACCGGUGCUGGAAACUAGCCAGCUUUUAAAUAAGCAAUCUUCUCUGGAUAGUAUUUCAGAUAAAACUAUCACUUCAGUGUCAGUGACUGCAGCCUCAGCACAGGUUGCUGUUUGUGGAUUCUCAGGGAGAACAGACCCAACAUCAGUAGUUACAUCAUUGCCUGUUUCAUUACCAGGAAAAGUGAAAAUUGCAACCACAUCAAGUCCAGCAUCAGGGUUCUCUGUCUCAACAACACUUACCCAUUCUGUGACCAUCACUCCUUCACAAGCACAAAUUACAAGCAAGGGUCCUUCUCUUCCUUCUGAAAUGGGCUCACACUUCAUUAGAUCAUCAGCACAUUCUCCCACUCAUUCACCAUUCCCUCUACCACCACCACCACCCCCUCCUCCUCCUUUACCUCCUCCAGCCUUUCCAAGGUCAGUUACCAUCCCAAAGAAAGGAUCCACAACUGAUGUAUCAAUCUGUAAAAUAAAUACUUUAGAUCAGAGAAGUGUAACAGCAACUGGGAAAAUAUUUCAUCCAAUGCCACCUCCUGUCCCUCCAAAGCCAGCCUCAAUUCCAUCAGCAUUAGUUUUUACCACAAGACCAACAGAUGGAAUACGGCCCACAAUUCCACCAAAGCCAUCACUUCCUCAUCUUCCUAUAUCUGUACAUAGACCAAGUGAAUCACAACACAAACCUUUAAACUCAAAUACAACUUUGUCUUUGAACCUGACUUCGCCAGGAGAUUUCAAGUUGAUCUCCCCUACAUCUCCUAUCUCACCACAUUCAAAUAAAUCUUCUCCAAAGUUAACUAUGCAUUCACAAGCUACAUAUGUAGUAAUCACUCUGCCAUCUGAACCCGGUACUCCUACAGAACCUAUCACCUGCCAAGCGUCGUCCAUCCAAUCAUCAGUAUCCUCUUCAAAAGGUCUACCACCGGCCAUGUCCUUGGCUCACUUUACCAAAUCUUUGGAAACUCAGAAAAUAGUUGAAAAAGGAAAAACAGAAACAGUUUAUUUUUACCAGAGUUUGGCACAGGGUGUUGUAUCAACAGUGGAACAUGAAAUGUCAACAGAAGUCCCGCAGCCACCAGUUUCAAUGCUGUAUGAUAAAAUACCAGGUAGGGGCACAGUUAGUGUCGCUAUUACCAUACCUCCUGAAAGAAAAUAUUUUGAGCUUCCACAAUUUCCAGAAAAUGGGAGAACACUAGAGCACAUGGCACAGUUCACUAGUGAUGUAAUUGACCUUCGUACUUUGUCAAAUUUAGACGUAGAUAUGACCGACAAUGGGAUGGAUUUGUCUACUUUCUCUGUAGAUGGAGGAAGACAUGCUUUAGUCAUUGAUUCUAGUGGCUUACGUCAUAUUAGUACGAUUCAGCCUGCCAUUGUGAAUCUAAGUAAAACUGAAUCAGAUGAACAAAUUUCAGUUUCAACACUGGCAAUAUCUACAGGAAGUAUGACUGUAGUUACCUGUACAGGUAGCGCCACUUUCACUGCAACCACUGACACUUUGGAAGGGCCCGUGGACCUUGGCCAUUCUGUUUCUAUACCACUUCCACUAACGACCAAGGUUGAUGAAGCAACAUACAAUGUUGCUCAUUGUCAGUCCCCAGCCUCAGACACAAUAGAAGUUCCAAUCAACCUGACCUAUAGUACUGCUGCUUCCAUUUCUGGCUGGUCUAGCAAUAAACCAGUGACGAAAGCUCCUGGUAGCACAACAAAUGGAUGGACAGAUGUGGAAUCAACCGAAGUUGAAGCAGUUGAUUUAAGUACCACAAAACCCCAUCGAAUGAUGGUGUCAGUGGAUGAAUUAACAACUGGAAUUGUUACUACAAUUGUAGAAGAGGAAGAUAAGCCUGUGGAUCUUACUGCAGGAAGACGCAAUGUUUGCUGUGAUAUGGUUUACAAAUUUCCAUUUGGUCGCAGCUGUUCAUCAUUGACACAGCAACCUGCUUCCACCCUCCCUGAAGAUCGUUAUGGGUACAGAGAUGAUCAUUAUUCAUAUGGCCAUGGUGCAACCCAUGGUUACAGAGGAUUUGGGAGCAUGAAGCCUUCCAUGUCUGACACCAACUUGGCUGAAGCUGGUCUGUUUCUAUACAAAAGCAAGCAUAGUUUUGACUAUUGCAAUAGUAGCACUGACGCAGCAGUGGAUCUUACUGCAGGGAAACUGACAACAGGUGAAUUAAUGGACUAUUCUGCAGUUUGUACUCAGCCUCAAGAUCACCUCAGCAAGGGAACAUCGAGUUACUCAGAGACCCGUCAAGUGAUUACAGACUCUGGCAUGUCACAGUAUUCUCAAGCAAGAGUAACACCAACUAUUGGAAGCCACUACGGCAUACACAGUGUUUUACGUUCUUCUGGUGGUGUUGUAUAUUCUUCUGUGGCAACUCCAAUUCCAUCCACCUUUGCAAUUACUACUCAGCCAGGUUCAAUAUUCAGCACUUCUCUUAGUCUCCAUAGUAGUGAUACAAUGCCUUCACUAUCAGCAUUGCAGCACGUUCAGCCAGUGCCCAGGUCUUCCAGUUACUUGACAACAGCUGAUACAGGAAGAGAGAUGGGUCUUGGGGCUUCUCAAGGUUUAGAUACACCUGGGCUUAUGUCUAACCUGACAACAAUUUCAGCAACAUACCACGACACAUCAUCUGAGGUCAAUUUUAUACAGACUGAAACCGAUUACACGCAGAAACACAGUAUUGAACCUGUAGCAGUGUCCAAGCUCUCACCAAUGACUUCACCUGUAACUGAGGAAAAUAAACAUUUGUUAAUAGAAAGAGAAAUGUUGGAGUUUGAGAAGAUGAAGCAAAUACGUUUAGCUGAGGAGCUGGAACGGGAACGACAUGAGAUCCAGAUAUUUCGAGAACAAGAAAAGCUUAUUGUUCAGCGAGAACUUCAGGAAUUGCAAACGAUGAAACAACAACUCCUGUAUCAGCAAGAGGAAGAGCGGCAAGCUCAGUUUAUUAUACAGCAAGAGACAAUAGCCCAGCAACAGAUGCAGCUUGAACAAAUACAGCAACUACAGCAACAACUACAGCAGCAACUUGAGGAACAAAAGAUUCGACAAAUAUAUCAGUACACAUAUGAUCCUUCUGGUUCAAGCGCACCUCAGACAACAACAGAUCAAGCAAUCAUAGAAUCCCAGUACACAACAGCUGAAAAUGGUCAGUUCUGGCAUGCUCAGGAUAUUAAUACAACAGCUCCAGCCAUCAUGGGCCAGGAACCGCAGCCAUGGUAUACUGCUCAGUCAGAAGGCAUCCCUCAGCAUUUGCCGCAACCUUGCAUGCUAAGCUCAGUAUCAGAAAUGUCUUUGAAAGACAUUGAUGCUAGAGAGGGAAGAGUACUGAGAAAGAGGAGCUCCAUGCCCAGAUUGGGAGGACAAUAUAGUGAUGAUAUUGAUGGAAAAAUGCAGGAUCUAAGAUCAUACAAAAAGAUAGUUGACAGUGGAGUUCAAACUGAUGAUGAGGAAGGGACAGAAAGAUGCUACACUAGUAGAAGAAGGAGAACUAAGAAGAGUGUGGAUAGCAGUGUUCAGACUGAUGAUGAAGAUAAUCAGGAGGACUGGGACAUUCCCUCCAGAAGACGAAAGUCUCGUAUUGGGAAAUAUGCUGAUGGUGGAGCAGAGAUGGAGAAAGCAAAACGGCCACAUUUUGCAAAACUCUCUAAUAUUGCUAUGCAGACUGUAGCUGAGAUUUCUGUUCAAACUGAACCUGAGGGAAUCAUAAGAACACCUUCCAUAAGGGCUCACGUUGAAUCAAAAAUAGAAAUUGUAAAGCACAUUUCAGCUCCAGAGAAAACAUACAAAGGUGAAAGUUUAGGUUGUCAGACUGAAACAGAUUCAGAUGGACAAAGUCCCCAGUACCUGACUCAUAAGGUCAUUACAGUUGUAUCGCCACAAAAAACUGAUAAAAAGCGUCCAACACCAUUAGAGAUCGGGUAUUCAAAUCACCUUCGAGCGGAUUCUGCCUUCCAAGUUGUUCCAUCCCCACCGAAAUCUCCGAAAGUUUUGUACUCACCAAUCUCACCAAUGACCCCAAGCAAAGAGACAGCAUUUGUGCCCUAUGAAAAAUCCCAUUCAGUUGACAAAAACUCACAGAAACUAAUGGCUCUUGAACCACCAAAACAUCAGCCUCUAAGUCCUCGAACUAUCAAAGUGAUUCAGCGAUCCAUGUCUGAUCCAAAACCACUGAGUCCCACAGCAGAAGAAAACUCUAGGUUGCACUUCCAAUAUAAUGACAGCUACUUGGCAAAAGGUUCUCAAAACAGCACACCAGUAGGUACUCAGAAAAAGGUGAAGAGAACCCUUCCUAAUCCUCCUCCAGAAGAGGCCAGUCUUGCUGGGAGUCAAGCAACCUUCCCCACCGUCAACUCUGUUUCCCACAGAAGAGUUUGCAGAACCAAUACAAUGGCCAGAGCGAAAAUUCUCCAGGACAUUGACAGAGAGUUGGAACUUGUAGAAAGGGAAUCUUCCAAACUUAGGAAAAAACAGGCAGAACUAGAUGAAGAAGAAAAAGAAAUUGAUGCCAAAUUACGAUAUUUAGAAAUGGGCAUCAAUCGAAGAAAAGAAGCUUUAUUGAAGGAGAGAGAGAAACGGGAGCGAGCCUAUUUGCAGGGUGUCGCCGAGGAAAGAGAUUAUAUGUCAGACAGUGAAGUAAGCAACAUAAGAGAGACCAGAAUGGACGCGCAAUGUGGGUUAGAGAGACCUAGAACUGCACCACAGCCUGAUUAUGAUCAGUUUCUCUCACCUCAGACUCAGUCACAGCCUCAGUAUGCGACUACUCCAAGCCAUUACACACAAUACCAGUACCCUACUCCUCCACUGACCCAAACCCAAACUCAAUACCAGCAGCAAUCUCCUUUUCAAGAGCAGGCAUUAUACCAGCAAGUUUCUCCCUAUCAAACCCCAGCUACCUAUCAGACUGUUCCCACAAUCACUUAUCAACAACAGCCCCCUCCUUCCCAAACCCAGCCAACAGCCUAUCCACAUCCAUCACAAAUGAUGCUGAUUCAGCAGAAACCAAGGCCGACCACAGUUGUUGACCUUGAACCAAAAAUAACUACAAACUAUGAGGUGAUCCAUAAUCAGUCUCUUUUGAUGGCUUCCACCUCCGCAGAUAGCACUUAUGUAGUUCCUCAUUUAGGCAGUAAGUACAGUAAUUUAGACCUGAGAAUAGGGCUGGAUGAAAGGGGAACCAUGGCAGGUAGCCCAAUGUCAAGCCUUUCUGCCGAAUCCUAUUAUGCAGAUCUAGAGCACCGUGCACCUCGAAAUUAUGUUCUAAUUGAUGACAUUGGUGAACUCACUAAAGGAUCCAGUUCCCUUGCGACUGGAUUUAACCUUCACGAUAUUCAAAAACAAGUGCAAAAGAAUGAACGCCUACUUCGCACAAGUGAAGCACGCAGAACUGCAGACAUGAAAGAUUUUAUUGGACCUUUGCAGAGCUCAACCCGCUUGCAUUCCUUUGGAAAAGCAGAUGAAGAUACAAUGGAGGAUCCUUAUGAAUUAAAACUAUUGAAGCAACAAAUCAAACAAGAGUUUCGCAGGGGAGCGGAAGGCUUAGAACAUCUUUCCAACCUUCCCCAAUAUUACCAUGCAGAUAGCAGCUACAGGCACUUCCCAAAGUCUGAGAAGUACAGUAUAAGCAGGUUGACUCUCGAAAAGCAAGCUGCAAAGCAAUUGCCACCAUCUAUUAUUUACCAAAAGCAAAGCAAACAUAAAAAACAGCUGCUAGACCCCAAAUUCUCUAAGUUUUCACCAAUUCAAGAAGCCAGAGAUGUGGAGCCUGACUUUACCAACUACAUGGGAACUACAUCAGCAGUAACUGGUGCUCCCUCUCGAGCAAGGCUUAUUCAAGAUGAUGUAACAUUUAGCCUAAGAAAGAAUAUUCGUGACCAGCAGAAGUUUCUUGGUCCAACUGUCAGAUCUACAUUUGAUGAUGAAAUUGACAAAGCAUACACCAGUGGAAGCAGGUCCAGGCCCUCUUCAGUUUAUGGUCUUGACCUAACAAUUAAAAGAGACCCUUCCAGUACAUCACUGCGCAUAAAAGGUCAGGAAAAUGAUCCAUUGGAUAUUGCCUAUGGGCAGAGUUCUCCUUCUGUUCGAACAAAGCCAUCCAGUUUACCUAUUAGUCACAGCAGAGGAAGAAUUACCAUAGUUGCCCAGAAUUCGGAGGAAGAAAGUCCCUUAAGUCCUGUUGGACAGCCAAUGGGAAUGGCUCGAGCAGCAGCUGGCCCAUUGCCACCAAUAUCUGCCGAUACACGGGAACAGUUUGGUUCAAGCCACUCUCUACCUGAAGUACAACAGCACAUGAGGGAGGAGUCACGGACACGUGGAUAUGACCGUGACAUAGCGUUUAUUAUGGAUGACUUCCAACAUGCCAUGUCAGACAGUGAAGCAUAUCAUCUGCGUCGUGAAGAAACAGAUUGGUUUGACAAGCCACGUGAGUCUCGCCUUGAGGAUGCACCUGCCAUAAAUCGCAAACUUCCAGAGAAAUUAACACACUCCAGACAAUCUCAACAACAGUCCACAGAAGGUGGUGGGAAGCUUGUUCAAUACAACUUUCCACAUUCUCGGGUCAGAAUUCAAAGGGAUCUAAAGGACCAGACAGUAUCAGGAAAUGGAUUAGGAAUCAGGAUUAUUGGUGGGAAAGAGAUUCCAGGACGAAAUGGAGAAAUUGGUGCUUACAUCGCCAAGAUCUUUCCUGGGGGACAUGCAGAGCAAUCGGGAAAACUCGCGGAAGGAAUGCAAGUUCUUGAAUGGAAUGGAAUUCCUUUGACUGGUAAAACGUAUGAGGAGGUUCAAGGCAUUAUUGGUGUUCCAAUUGGGGAAGCUGAAAUAUGUGUAAGACUGGACCUCAACAUGCUAUCGGAUUUAGAGAGCCUCCAGCAUUUGGAAUUGCACUCCCAAGCAAAGGCUGGAGAAAAGCAAAAGUCCCCAGGAGUUGACCCAAAACAGCUGGCUGCAGAACUACAGAAGGUGUCCCAAGAGGCACCCUCUGUCAUUACCUCAGCCACAGAGAAAGGAGUUCACAGCCAUUCAGGAACCACAUCAACCACUUCGAGUGCUGCCCCCAGCCCUGGACAACCAGGUUCACCUGCAGUUAGUAAAAAGCGACACAGCAGCAAGCCUCCUGAAACAGCAAGUAAAUCACAUCCAAUUACUGGCGAAAUUCAGUUACAAAUGAACUAUGACAAGCACAUUGGAAAUCUCAUUGUUCAUGUUCUACAAGCUCGGAACCUUGCUCCCAGAGACAACAAUGGUUAUUCAGAUCCAUUUGUUAAGGUUUAUCUUCUUCCAGGCAGAGGCCAAGUUAUGGUUGUCCAGAAUGCAAGUGUAGAGAACAAACGCAGAACUAAGCACGUGCAGAAAAGCAUCAACCCUGAAUGGAAUCAAACUGUGAUUUACAAAAGCAUGUCGAUGGAGCAGCUCAAAAAGAAGACCCUGGAAGUCACCAUCUGGGAUUACGAUCGAUUGUCCUCCAAUGACUUCCUUGGUGAAGUGCUGAUUGACUUGUCUAAUACCUCACAUUUUGAUAACACACUGAGAUGGUAUCCCCUGAAGGAACAGGCUGAAAGUAUUGACCACGCAAGGUCCCAUUCUGGACAAAACAGCCAGCAGUCACCAAAGCCCUCAGUUAUUAAGAGUCGGAGCCAUGGUAUCUUCCCAGAUCCAUCCAAGGAAAUGCACGUGGCCACCAUUGAGAAAUCCCAGAGCAGUCCUGCCAGCUCAAAAUCUUCUUCAGAAGGACAUUUACGUUCUCAUGGGCCAUCUCGAAGCCAAAGCAAAACCAGUGUCACCCAGACCCACCUGGAAGACGCUGGGGCCGCCAUUGCUGCAGCAGAAGCAGCCGUGCAGCAGCUCCGACUCCAGCCAACAAGGUCCACCAGUCACAGGACUACUGAAUCUUCUAUUUCCACUGCCUCAUCCAUCAGCAGUGUUGGGAGUGGCUACAGUGAAGGCAGCACACCAGGAGGGGAAUACAGUGUGUUCACUGCCCCACAAAUCGGGGCUCAAGGGCGGAGGAGCGGGAAGCAUCCUUGUCUGCAACCUGGUGUUGGACUUGGACUGGCAGAGACUGAUGGUAAAACUCAAGUGAUGGGAGAAAUUAAGAUAGCACUGAAGAAGGAAAUGAAGACAGAUGGAGAGCAGCUAAUCGUGGAGAUUCUUCAAUGCAGAAACAUCACGUACAAAUUUAAAUCUCCUGAUCAUUUACCAGAUCUGUAUGUGAAAUUAUAUGUCAUAAAUAUUUCAACACAAAAGCGAACAUUUAAGAAAAAAACUCGGGUCUGUAGACAUGAUCGGGAACCAUCAUUUAAUGAGACGUUUCGCUUUAGCCUUAACCCAGCUGGACACUCCCUCCAGAUUUUGUUAGUCUCAAAUGGUGGGAAGUUCAUGAGAAAAACAUUGAUUGGUGAAGCAUACAUCUGCCUCGACAAAGUUGAUCUAAGGAAGAGAAUGGUUAACUGGCACAAGCUGUUUGUCAGCUCAACAGAAAGCCAACGAGGAACUGCUCCUGGUUUUAACCUGCAAAAUUGA